AUGUCUGUUAUUAGAGAAAAUUUAAUUAAUGCUGCAAUUGAUAGAGCAUAUGCACUAAUAGAUUAUAAUAUUUACAAUAAUUUACAUGAAUUAAAUAAAUUUCAAAAACAAGUAAUUCUUGCCGAUGAAUCACUUACAAAAGAUGAAAAAUCUGAAGCAAUAAGAAAAUUGACUAAAAUUUAUGACAGUAAUAAAAUUGUUUUUAAUGAAGGAAUAAGAAGAGUUUGUGAAAAUUGUAACCAAAAAUGUUUAGCUACAUUAUAUUGUGAAUUUUGUGUUCGAAAUUAUUUAAAAGCAAAAUUUUCAAAUUGGACAUCUGGAAAUGAUUACAUUGAUAAUUUAAUACAAGAAUGUCAAAUGAAAGCAAUUGAACCAGAUAGUAUAGUUGAAUGGAUUCCAUAUAGUAAUUUAAAAAAUAUUAAUUAUUUAACAAAAGGUGGAUGCUCUGAAAUAUAUACAGCCGAGUGGAUUCAUGGAAGAUAUGAUGAAUGGGAUUCUAAAGAACAACAAUUAAAAAGAUUUGGGGAACAAGAUGUGGUACUUAAAAGAUUAGAAAAUUUUGAAAGUGCAAAUAAACGUUGGUUUGAAGAGGCUACUUCACAUUUAAAUAUAAGUAAUAAAUGGUCAGAUUCGAUUGUUCAAUGUUAUGGUUUGACACAAGAUCUAUUAAAUGGAGAUUAUAUGCUUGUAAUGGAUAAAUUUGAUACAGAUUUAAGAAAAUAUUUACAACAAAAUCAUAAUCAAUUUACAUGGAAAGAAAGAAUUCAAAUUGCUGUUAAUAUAAUUGAUGCACUUUAUAAAAUUCAUCAUUAUGAAAAUGCAAUUCAUAGAGAUUUGCAUUCUGGAAAUAUACUUUUUGCUCAAAGAAGUCAAAAAUUUGAUAUUAGUGAUCUUGGAUUUUGUGGACCUGCAGAUAAACCAUUAAAAAGUAUAUAUGGAAAUCUUCCUUACAUUGCACCAGAAGUUAUUGCAGGAAAAGAAACUACUUUUAAAUCUGAUAUUUAUAGUAUUGCAAUGCUUAUGUGGGAGAUUUCAUCUGGCCAACCACCAUUUAUUAAUUAUGAACAUGAUUAUUAUCUUGCAAUGAAUAUAAUUAAAGGUAUAAGACCAAAAAUUGUACCAGGAACUCCUAUAGAAUAUAAAAGUUUAAUGAUACAAUGCUGGGAUGCUAAUCCAUUAAACAGACCAGACAUUGUUACAAGUUGGAAAAAAAUAAGAGAACUUAAUUUAUAUUACCAAAAUUCUAACUCAAAUGAAUCAACUAAAUUAGAAGAAAAUGAUAAUAGAUCGGAAAUGAAUAGCUUAGAAAAUUAUAUUAGCAGUAGCAGAUUAUUUACAAGUAAAGUUCAUCAAUUUGAAAAUCUUUCUGAACCAAGAAAUGCAACAGAAGCAUUUCACAGUAACAAAUCAUAUGACUUUCAUAUCCCUAAUAAUAUUGAUGAUUUUGAUAAAUUAAAUAUUCGGAAGAACAGUUCAUCAAAAAUAAGUAGCUUUUUCAAAGUUAAUAGUAAAAAAUUAUUAAAAAUAUUCAAGAGAAAUUCAAAAAAUGAUGUUCAAGAAAUAAUGCAAGAACAAAUAAAGAAAUAUCACGUUAAUAUUGAUGAUGAUGAUGAAAUAUAUAAUAAUCCAAAUUUUCAUUCUGAAGAACAACAUGAAUUUGAACUUCCCGAGAAUAUGGAUGAAAACUAA